GGAACCUUUUGUGGAGCUACUAAAUUGCACUGGCACAAAAUACAAGGAUACUUGUGAUGUGAGCUGUGAUAAGGAAUUCAACCAAACUAUUUCUUAUGUGCAGUGUGGCUCAGAUGGCUAUUGGACAAGUCUUAUUGGAGCUUGUAUCAUCAGUGAUAUUUGUACCAUAUGCAACAAAGUAAAUGGCUCCUGUGUCCAACAACCAAACAACCUGCAGUCCCAAUGUCUUUGUAACCUGGGUUUUGCUGGUAACGGUAAAUAUUGUGAGCAAGAUUCUGACUUGGAUGGUUUUCCUGAUGUCCAGUUACCUUGCCAAUCACUGGAUUGCAAGAUUGACAAUUGUCCAUUCAUUCCCAACAGUGGACAAGAGAACAAUGAUGCGGAUGAUCUUGGUGAUGUUUGUGACAUUGAUGAUGACAAUGACAACAUCACAGAUACCAUGGAUAACUGUCAGUUUAAGGCCAAUUCAAAUCAAGAAGACAAAGAUGGCGAUGGCUUGGGGGAUAUAUGUGACAAUUGUAUUGAUGUUCCCAAUCUAGACCAGAAAGACAGUGAUGGUGAUGGAACAGGUGAUGCUUGUGAGAGCCGUGAUUUGGACAACGAUGGCAUAAAAAAUGGGGACAACUGCCCUCUUGUGCCAAACCCAAAGCAGGAAGACACUGAUGGUGAUACUGUGGGGGACACAUGUGAUAACUGCAUCAAUGUGUAUAAUAUUGAUCAAAAUGACACUGACCAGGAUCUUAUUGGGGAUGCAUGUGAGGACAUGUCAGAUGUAGAUCAAGAUGGCAUAAGUGAUGGUAUUGACAACUGUAAAGAUGUUCCCAAUGGGGAUCAGCUUGAUAGUGACAAUGAUGAACUUGGAGACGACUGUGAUAAGGAUAAAGAUGGAGAUGGUGUUUUGAAUAUUGAUGACAACUGCCCUAUUAUGCCUAAUGAGAAUCAGGCUGACAGUGAUGGUGACAAUAUUGGUGAUGCAUGUGUAGUUGAUACAGAUGGUGACUCUAUUCCUGAUAGUCAGGAUGACUAUCCAGUCAACAAGUUUUUAAACAAAACAGACUUCAGUGUGUAUCAGGAAGUGAUUUUAGAUGGUGUGGGAAAUGUUCAGAAGCCUCCUAAGUGGAUGGUUUAUGACAAUGGAAGAGAAAUUGUCCAAACUGUUAAUGGGAAUCCUGGUCUUUUAAUAAGUUUCACAAAAUUUGGACAUGUAGAUUACCGUGGAACUUUUUUUAUAUCUGACACAAAAGAUGAUGACAUUGCUGGUGUAGUGUUUGGCUAUCAGAGUAAUAGGCAUUUUUAUGUAUGCUCUUGGAAGAAAGUGACCCAGCCCUACAAUUUUAAAGAAAAUUUGACUUAUCCAAGAUCUGUUGCAAGACAAGGCAUAAAUCUUAUGGUGGUUGACUCAAGUACAGGACCUGGGGAGAAUCUUCGUGAUGCUUUGUGGGAGACUGGGAACACCAUGAAUCAAACUCAUCUUCUGUGGUAUGACAAUGGUCCCAAGUGGGCUGCAGGAGUGGCAUAUCGUUGGAGAAUACUGCAUGACCCAGACUCUGGAAGGAUCCGUGUGCGUUGGUACAGGGGAGGAAAGCUGUUAGCAGACUCAGGGAACAUAAUAAACAAAUGUUAUAAUGGUGGCCGCCUGGGGAUGUACGUCUUUUCACAGGAAGGAGUACACUAUUCAAAGUUAUAUGCAGGAUCACCUAAAAUUAGUGACUUUUCCAUAAGCUUCAAUGGUAGUGGUGGUAAUGUAGACUUAGGAGGGAUCAGUGAUCUACUAGGAGGCUCUGGAAGCAUCACUGUGGCUGCUUGGAUAUGGAUACUGGGUCCAAAUGGAAAGGUGAUUUGUGAUCUGCCUCCAAUCAACUUUGGUUCCAUGCACUCUGAUUUGGGGUUUUUCACACAGUCAUCAGAUGAUGAGAGGGAUUGGACACUAAAAAAAGGGAAAACUCCAACUUCAAACACUGGUCCAUCUGCUGACCACACCACAGGCUCAGGGUAUUACGCUUUUUUGGAGACAUCAGGGAUAACAAUUGGCAGUAGGGCCUCUUUCGAAACCCCUUGGUUUGCUGCAGGUGAAGGGUGUAACAUGACUUUUUUCUAUCAUAUGAAUGAUCGUUCUAACAAGACGGAAAUGGGGAGCCUAGCUGUGGAGGUUAAAACAGUAGAUCAGACUUGGUCCAUGGUAUUUAGGAAGGCAGGAGAUCAAGGCGACAUUUGGCAUCAAGGAACCAUAGAUCUUUCAGCUUACGAAGGACUUGUGGCUGUGCGAUUUACUGCAGCCAAAGGAAAAUCUUACAGGAGUGAUAUUGCCUUAGAUGAUAUUGUGUUUAGUGCAAAAUGUGGCUCUGCAAAGGCCUGUAUUAAUAAUUCAGAUACAAAUCCCAUCUUUGGUUCAAAAAAGGGAAGGUUAGGAGUACAAUUGUCAGUGGGCAACACUGGCAUGCUGGGUAACAUAUCCUUUGCAUACAACACCUGGACACAUGUGGCUUUUCAGUACAACAAUCAAACUAAACAGCAGACUCUUUAUAUGAAUGGCAGAGUGGCUCAACAAGAAAGCAAUGUGUCAUCCCUUUUGGUGUCAACAAACCUCCUCUUGGGACAGAAUGGCCUCAAUCAUACAACAGGGCAGAUGGAUGAGGUCCAGAUUUGGAACACUGCGGUCAAUGUAUCAACUAUUUAUGACAAGUACUUGAGAGGCACUGAAGAAGGACUGGUUAGAUAUUUCAAGUGUAACGAAGGGGAAGGGAAGCUAUUAAAAGACAGUUCUUCAUCAAAGAGGCAUGUUAUUCUUCAGGAAACAAACUGGCUUUCCUCAUCUUUGGAGCUUAACAAGAACUAGAUGCAGCCACCCUGAGACAUGUUUGACACAGGACAAUUUCAUAAGUUACAAGAACCUAAGGCAGAACUAGAGUUCAGGAUUGUACCUUUUUUCAGAAACAAAUUGCAAUGACUUUUCAGGAAUUUUCCACGACUCAGAUUGAUUUUUCCAAGGCUCCAAAUUUCACCUCACACCCAAGAUUUCAAAAUCAAUUCUCCUUGUUCUUAUGACGGUAAUUCUUAAAACUUUAGAAUUAACAUUUUAAGAAGAUUCUAGGACUGUCCAGGACCUAUACUCUUUUUCUAGGACCUUUCAGUCCUGGAAAUUGUAAAAAUAAAAUUCUAGGACUUUUCUGUUUUUAAAGGACCAGUAUGAACCCUGAGAGUUGCUUAAUAUAAGCUAGAAUCACCCCUAAACUGGUUUCUUCAAUGUUAGAAUUUAAGAAGGACUUCUAAAAAAUGCACCCACUACAAGAUAUUUUUGACAUAUGACAAUUCCAUAACUUACAAGGACCUUAGGCAGGACUCAACUAGCUUGAAAUUAUUAAAAAUCCCAUGAUUCAAGAUAAUUUGCAAAGUAGCCCCAAGUUUCACUCAUUGUAAACACUUCUGUAAAAAAAUAAUGCAACAUAGAUACAUACAUUUAAGAAGCGAGUCUGAGUGAAAGAAGUCAUGACACAAGUACACAAUAUUAAAUAAAGUAGACUUAAUAGGAUUCUCUGCCCACAGUGGGGGCCACUAUUUGUAACUUGGCCUAGCCUAUGAGCACUUUGGCUCAUUAUUAGCAUCUAGGGAUAGGCUUUUCUUUGCCUGCAGGAAAUAAGUUGACUUUGCGCAUCAUGAGCUAGUGAGAUGUCUGUAAGGGGGCUAGCACUUUAAUUAGUGCUAAGUGUCUACCCCAGUCAUCUCAAAUCUUCCUGCAGGCCAGAGGGACAUGUCCUGCAGCACUUAUAAAGAUGAGAGCCUUCUUGCAUGCUGAAGUAAAGUUUGUCUGAACCACU